GUCCCCCGUCCCGCCGCGCCAUGGCGUCCCGCAUCGGGCUCCGCAUGGAGCUCAUGAAGCAGCAGGCGCAGCAGGAGGCCGAGCGGGAGCGCGUGCAGCAGCAGAUGAUGAUGAACUACGUGCAGCAGCAGCGCAUGCCCGUGGCGCCCAGCCCGGCCAUCAACACCCCUGUGCACUACCAGUCCCCGCCGCCCGUGCCCGGAGAGGUGCUCAAGUUAGGUGAGGUCAUCGAUGACAUCAUGCGCCUGGAUGACGUCCUGGGCUACAUGAACCCCGAGGUGCACAUGCCCAACACGCUGCCCAUGUCCAGCAGCCACAUGAACGUAUACAGCGGGGACCCGCAGGUGACCGCCUCCCUUGUGGGUGUCACCAGCAGCUCCUGCCCGGCCGAGCUCACGCAGAAGAGGGAGCUGACAGAUGCUGAGAGCCGAGCCCUGGCCAAGGAGCGCCAGAAGAAAGACAAUCACAACCUGAUCGAGAGGCGGCGGAGGUUUAACAUCAACGACCGCAUCAAGGAACUGGGGAUGCUGAUCCCCAAGGCCAACGACCUGGACGUGCGCUGGAACAAAGGGACAAUCCUGAAGGCCUCCGUGGACUACAUCAAGAGGAUGCAGAAGGACUUGCAGCGAUCACGAGACCUGGAGAAUCACUCCCGGCGCCUGGAAAUGACGAACAAGCAGCUCCUGCUCCGCAUCCAGGAGCUGGAGAUGCAAGCCCGGGUCCACGGGCUGCCCACGUCCUCGCCCUCGGGCGUCAACGUGGCCGAGCUGGCUCAGCAGGUGGUGAAGCAAGAAGCCAGCGGGGACGAGGGGACGAUGGAGCCGCCACUGCUGCCCCUGGACACCGAGGCACAGCCCCAGCCCGCGCUGCCGCCACCACCGCAGUCUCCCUACCACCAGCUGGACUUUAGCCACAGCCUGAGCUUCGACGACGGCUCCAGCGGUUUCCCGGACAGCCUGGAGCCCGGCCACAACCUCUCCUUCCCUUCCCUAUCCAAGAAGGAUCUAGACUUGAUGCUGAUGCAGGACACCAUGUUACCCCUGGCUUCCGACCCCUUGUUCUCCGCCAUGUCCCCGGAGGCCUCCAAGGCCAGCAGUCGCCGGAGCAGCUUUAGCAUGGAGGACACAGACAUGCUGUGACCAGGAGCUGCGCUGGCACCGGGGGCAAGGGCUGGAGAUGGGCUAGGGAAGUUACA